UCAUGGGGCCCCCGGGCAAUAGGGGAUCAUGGGGCCCCUGUGUCCUUGCCCCAACUCAAAAAAGCCUAUGAAAAAGGUACCAGGGGCAUCUCAUGGGGCCCCUUACUGACCCCGGGCCCUCGUUUCCAUAUGGUCAGUCCAUCCCUGACAGUCCAAUUUUAUACAUUGUAAGUCACUCUUGAGUUCAAAAGGUACAGCAAGCUGCAAGCACCCAACAAUUCAGUUGUCAGUCACAAGAUGACAACCCUAGAUUUACCUCUACCAUGCUUCAGUGGUUAUGGACCUCUCUG